UACAGUGUACAUUCAACAAACGACAAUCGGAAAUUUUGGUGCAAUAAAUUUAUUAGUUAGCUACAUUUACAGAAAAAUGUCAGCCAUGAUGCGUUACAGUUUCCUCAUAGUUAUUGCUUUGGCUCUUCUGACCGCGCAAAAUGCGUUAGCCAACAAUUCUCGUUCGCCACGCAAUAAUGACAUCAGCAAUAUGGCGGAUGCGCUCAAAUAUCUGCAGGACCUGGACACGUACUAUGGAGAUAGAGCACGAGCCAGGUUCGGCAAGCGUUCACCAUUGUUACAGCUUUUACAGCAGCACUCAUUGGAAAAUACAGAGCAGCAUCGUGAGCUGGCGCAUUGUCGUGAUGAAAGCGGAAAAUCACCCGACUUCCUCGAUUCAAACGAAUGCCAAACACAAAGAAAUACACCGAUCUGGUGUUUGUUUUUCCAAGAUAUACUACUAACUAAACAUAGCCUUGAUACGGGCCAAUAA